AUGAAUUCAGUAUUCUCAGCAUUUAAAUCAAACAAAAGCAACACAUCGUCGUUGAGUCCGACAACUAAUGGUGCAAGUAAAAAGACGCUCAAUCUGAAUGACUCGAAUAAUUAUGAAAAGUUGCGUCACAUACGCGAAAAAAUGUCAAACCUAAUGAUCGAUGAUGACGAAAUAAAUUUAAGGAAACCGCCAGCAAUUCCGAUCGCAUCAAUGGAUGUUGACGAUGGAUGUGAGACAAUUGCAAAGUCGAAUAGCGGUUUCGACUGCGUAGAUAGUGCAUCACCAUCAAUGAAUGGAGUUGGCGGUAAUUACACGAACGGUAAUUUAUCGUCAUCAUCAUCAUCAUCGUCGCUCAAUACAAUUUCAUUGGCAUCGAUAAAAAAGCAUUAUAAUCAGGACAAUUCGGAAAACUACGCGAGUGAAAACAAUCUGUUGAGUAAAUGUUGUAAUGGCGCUGGAACAUUGGGCAGCGCAACAAAUGUGUCGAUAGUUGACGGUAAUGAUGUAAAUAAUAGUGCGAGUGCAACAAACUUAGGCUCACUAAAAUCGAUGCCAUUAAGUGACGCAAACGAUGCCAGUAAAUCGGUAUCGAGUAUUUUUAAUAAACAACCGCAACAAAACAAUAAUCUAAGCAAUACGAAUCGCAAUCGUCCGAGGCUUAGCUUAAGUAACGCGUGUAACGGUACAAAUGCUAAUCAACAGCCACAACCCGCCGUACAUGGCCGAAACAAUGGAAAUGGAUUACCAACAGGCCGAACACGAUUGUCCACACACCAAAGAAACCUGAGCUUGGAUUUUCGUUUUAAAAUGUUUGGUACUUCAAACCUUUUUCAAGUCGAAAAUGUUUUUCAACUCUCAAGAGGCGGCAUUUCUUGUCUUCAACCAGAAAACAUUUCAAAGAUUUUGAGUCUAAUUACGUUAAUAUUUUUCAAAACAAAUACAAUUUGGGUUAAAGUACGAUGGGUUAAUGACAUUGUAGCUGCUGUUGAUAUAUUAUUAAUACUAACAACAAUUCUAACGCAUGGUUCCGGGUUAAGUAAUCAGAUUUCCGCGUUCAACUAA